AUAAGUUCCCAAAGUCUUCGUGUACUAUAUUUAUUAGUUUUGUUUUCCGUUUAAUUCAGAAGCAAUUCCAAAACACAAUUAACAUCGUCUCAUUUCCUUGACCAACGCUCAAUGGUGGAUCCAGCACGACCACGACCACCUCAAGUGUUUGUCAAUUCAGGCGCAACCGAGUUGCCUGAUGAUUUCAUCAAACAUCUCGUGUCGGGCUUGACCGAUCUAGGGAUACUCAACAUUUUCAUGGACAGAGACGACUGGUGGGGAAGAGACCUAGACCGUCUAUUUACCUGCAUCGAGGAGUCAACAAUCGCGCUCGUUAUCUUCUCACCGUGUUAUCCAGAGACAGAAUGGUGCUUGGACGAGCUUGUUAAAAUGAAGGAACGAGUAAAGAACAACAAACUCUUGGUAAUUCCUAUCUUCUUUAACGUGAGCAAGAACGACGUGAGAAACUUCGAGGGAGAGUUUGGAGAUCGAUUCAUGGAGCUGAGAAAAAGAUACACGAAAUACAAAUACGAUCCUUUUAGGGUUCAAAGAUGGGAAACGUCGGUGAUGACUAUUUCAAAACUGGAGCCCAGUUUGGCGUGGGAAACACAAAGCUCGAGUAUCUCUCUUGCCAUGGAUAUUAUUAAGGAGGUUAACAAGGAGCUAGACAUAGCCUCGGAUGCGGGAUUCUUCUUGCCCUUAGGGUUCCACAAAGAUUCGCAUUCAAAAUUGACGAAUGGAGAAGUGUUUGUUUCUGCUUUUCUUGUGGCUUUUCUCUUUAGACUCUUCAUAGCUCGUCUUGUAUUCACAGAUAUGACCUUUUUCGGCACUGCAAAGUGGUUAGUAGGUUUCCCAAUUGCGAUUGUUGUAUUAUACCAGUUACAUUGUGCAUUGAUAAACAAAACAGACGAGCACCUGAUGCUUGAUUACUAGAGAGCCUGAGGUUGUGCUGUUUUGUUGUACAUCGGUGUGUUAUUUACUACUUUGUUACAUUUUCAUUGGUUUGUAAGUGUUUUGGUAAUUUCGUGUGAUUUUGAGCAUUAGGGAAAUUAAGAGAUGAGUGCAUGUUGCCCUCUUGUUUUGAAUUUCUCUUGAUAAAGUGUUUAUUCGGUUUAUGAUCGUGUUUAAAAGAAGAAAUGCUUUGAAC